AUGACGAGGAUGCUCUUGAAAGAUAAUUAAGUUAAAAUAUUAUAGAAUAACGAAUUAGAAUAAAAUAUUGGAAUUAUAUAAAUUUCAUGUGGUACCAAUUUUUGCCUUGCUCUUACUUAAGAUUUUCUUGUUUUUUCAUGGGGUGACAACUCUUAUGGAAAUCUUGGUUUAGGUCAUUUGGAGUCAUCUCAUCUUCCAUAAUUAGUUCGUUUUUUAGAUAAUGAUAAUAUUAAAAUAUAGCAUAUAUCAUGUGGAUAAUACCAUUCGGCAGCCACUAGUAAAACCGGUCAAGUUUUUACUUGGGGUUUGGGUAAUUUCGGGCAAUUAGGGAAAGGAAAUCUGGCUAAUUUUAACCAACCAGAUCUCGUAAGAGGGGAUUUGGAAGGUAAAAAUAUUCUUGCAACUGUGUGUGGAGGAUACCAUAAUGUAUGUUUCACUAAUGAAGGCUACACAUAUUCUUGGGGAUGUUUAGAAGUAGAUUAAUAAAAUAUAAAGAGCUCCAAUAUACCUUAUCCAAUGAUGUUAAACAGCGAGUUUAUAAAAGAAGAAAAUAACCCUUUUAAUAUGAUUAUCACAUAUAUAGCUGCUGGAGCUGAUUAUUGUAUGGCUAUUGAACAGAAAAGAAUUAUAUAUGCUUGGGGUAGGAAUAAAGAGGGAUAAUUAGGAAUUGGCGGGAUUAGUAACUUCGUAGACUAACCGAGUAAAGUUUAAGGUUUGGAUGGUAAUUUAAUGAAAAGUAUAGCUUGUGGGGAAGAACAUUCCCUUUUUUUAACUGAAAGUGGACGUAUUUUUGCUUGCGGGUCUUCUAAAGAUGGAAAACUGGGUUUAGGUAUCAGAAAUACAAUACUUAUGACCCCUUAGGAGAUUAAUAUAAAGGCAAAAGUGGUAAAAAUAGCCUGUGGAAGUACUCAUUCGAUGGCUUUAGCAAUUAAUAAGGAAGUAGAAUAAAAUUAAGACGAAUAUGAAUAUUUAGAAGCUAAAGAAACAAAAGUUAUAUACACAUGGGGGAAUGGAUGGGAAAGCAAACUAGGACAUGGAGAUAAAGAUAAUUUAGAUACGCCAUAAAAAUUCUUAGGAAAAUUAUGA